UGGAGCGGCUUGUCCUGGAUUUCCUGCCCGCUCCCGCUGCUGCUGCUCGGCUACAUUGUAUCAGUUCCCACACGAAGAGCCACCACGGCGCUCAUCCAGAGAAACGGUGAAUACGGAGGAAUUAACCUGGAUGGGAAGCUCGUUCGCGGUGGGAUUAAUUGUCCGAAGGUCGCGGGAGAGGACUGGACUUGUGUAGGGCUUUGAGACCGCAACGAUAAAAAAAAAAAAAUGCCCUCCGGACUCCGGUUGUUUUCGAUGUGGACGGUAUCUCGAAGUGUGAUGGCAGAAGUCCAGUGAAUCGCUGGCCUCCCCUCCUCUCUUGUGUUGGAUGUCUUGGGGAGUGCACUGGUUUCUGGUGCUUCACAUUUUUAUUUUAGAGGUUUUAUUGUAAUUCAUCACUCUGAUUUGUUCUUUUUACGGAGUGCUCGCCACCAUGGACAGACCAGGGUUUGGAAUAGGAGUGGCUAGCUAAGUCGGGCAAAAUGUGGUUAAAUGGGACAGGAACGUGUAGACCGUGAGGAUUCUCUAACCCUUGCCCCUGAGUCCCAACCGUCUGAGAGGGUGUCGGACCUCACUGAGGCAAUCCUGGGCCGUUGGCACUAAAAUGUCCCUAAGUGGUGGCACUGCAGGCGGGAAAGGUGUGGACUCUAAUGCGGUGGACACUUAUGAUAGCGGGGAUGAAUGGGAUAUCGGUGUUGGAAAUCUGAUUAUUGACCUUGACGCUGACUUAGAGAAGGACAAACUUGAGAUGUCUGGCACCAAGGACGGCAUGGCGGCACCACCCAGUGCAGUGGCAGCAUUGCCUGACAACAUCAGGUUUGUUAGUCCAGUGUCUGGCUCUCAAGGCAAGGAAAGCAAAUCCAAAUACAAGCGCAGUAAGAACUCUAAAGACAAUAGUAGCAAAGCUUCAACUGGAGAUGGGGGCAAAAAAGAAACUGCAGGACGGACUCAAGGGGAGCCAACAGGCACAGCAGUGAGUGCAGGAGCUGCUGGCAACAAUUCCACUUCUGGGAAGAACAUGGAAAAAGGAGGCAAAGCCUCCAGAGGUGUUCUGAGUGGUAAAAAAGAUAAAGAAGGGGCUAGUGGGAAAAAUAAGAAGGACAAAACAGAUGGAGCCCCAGCCGUGGCAAUAGCUGCUGUGGAGAAGGAUGUUGUGUCUCAAGCCCAAGUUGCUUUGGGGAAUAGUCGUAAUACGUCCUUUGAGAACACACAAUCAACAGACUUGGCAGAAGCCAAUCAAAUGGGGAAUAUUGCACUUGAACCUGUUGGGAUAGUACCAGCAUUGACCACAAAAACUGAACCAGAGGAGGUAGAAAAUGGUAAUAAUGAAUGCAAGACGUUAAAGAAGGUGAAAAACGAAAAGAUGGAAUCUCCUGUCUCCACGCCAGCCCCUCCCCCCCUCCACCUCCUGGCCACAGUAGGCAACAGUGAGAUUGCCUCGCCGUGUGAGCAGAUAAUGGUGCGUACGCGCUCGGUGGCGGUGAACACAUCCGAUGUGGCCCUGGCUACCGAACCUGAGUGCUUGGGGCCCUGCGAGCCCGGUACCAGUGUCAAUCUCGAAGGCAUUGUUUGGCAGGAAACUGAAGACGGCAUGCUGGUGGUCAAUGUUACUUGGAGAAACAAGACAUAUGUGGGCACCCUGUUGGACUGUACACGGCAUGACUGGGCUCCACCUCGGUUUUGUGAAUCCCCUACAAGUGAUCUGGAGAUGAGGAAUGGUCGUGGUCGAGGUAAGCGAAUGAGACCGAAUAGCAACACCCCUAUCAAUGAGAACAGCAACUCAUCUGACAACAAGGGCACCACCAACAACAAGACGCGUGCUGCCUCUAACAGCAAGGGCCGAAGGGGCAGCCAGACGCCAUCAGAACGCCGCACCCCACCCAACAGCAACACAGAGGACAUCAAAGCCAGUCCCUCAUCAGCUGGAAAACGCAAGACCAAACCAGCCUCAGAUAUGGAGCCCAAUUCCAGCUCAGAGGACACCAAAGGCAACAAACGUAUGCGGACAAACUCCAACAGUGGAGGGGUGGGGCCAACAGGUCUUCCCAUUCCUUCUAUUAAGACUGAGCCACUUCCACCUCCUCUUGAUCGCACCUGCCCCUCACCUGUUCUUAUUGACUGCCCACACCCCAACUGCAACAAGAAGUACAAGCACAUCAAUGGUCUCAAGUACCACCAAGCCCGUGCCCACAAUGAUGAUGACAUAAAGUUGGAAUUAGAUGGAGACAGUGAAUAUGGAGAGGACUCGACUCUUCACCCUGAACCAGGGAACUGUAAUGGGGCAUCGAUCUCUCAGAAAGGAUGCUUGUCUCCAGCACGUUCAGUUACUCCAAAAGGCAGGAACUUUGAUGCUCAAAGUCCUUCCCCAUCUCCUGGCAAGUUUGGUUCAAAGCAAAGUAAAAAGAAAAUUGCAGAGACAGAUCCAGAAACAGGAGGUACACCAAUGGAUGGAUGUGAAGAUGGACCAUGCCUCACUGAUGAGGCCAGUAACGAUGGUAUAGAUGAUAAGAGGGGAUCAGACAAGUCCAAAAAGGGCACAAAGGCUGAUAAAAUGGCUCAGAAAAAUAUGAAAUCACCACGACCCAUUGGCCCUGGCUCUGCAGCAUCCCAGCAGAUGUAUUCUUUUCCUCCUGGAAACCCAAAUUCUUCCCCAGGGCUUACCCCAAUGAUACAAGGAAUCCCUAAAAGUCCCCAAAUGAAAGGUACACUGCCUAAACCCCCUGCCAUUGGAGAUCCUGCCUCAAGUAGCUCCAAAGACAAAAAGAAGAAAGACAAGAAGAAAAAAGAUGGUGGGAAGGAGGCUGACAGCCCUAAGCCUCCGGGAAAGGGAGGAAAACUGGAGGAAGGAAAGCUACCAUAUUCUGAACCUUGUGAUCAAGUGAAUAAGGGGGAAGGACUCCUUAAUGGUUCCUCAGACCCUCAUCAAAGUCGCUUGGCUAGCAUCAAGGCUGAGGCUGACAAGAUUUACAGCUUUUCUGACAAUGCCCCUAGCCCAUCCAUUGGUGUAGCCAGUCGGAUAGAUGGCAGUGGGAUGCCACAACCUCUCACACCACUUCACAUGGUGAACCAGAAUGGUGCUGACAACUCCUCAGUCAAAACCAACAGCCCAGCAUAUUCAGACAUCUCAGAUGCUGGUGAGGAUGGUGAAGGGAAACAAGAAGGUGUCAAAGCCAGGACAGAGGACCAAGCCAUCAGGGAAAGUGUCAAAAAAGCACUCUUUCCAAACCAGGCACCCAACAAAGAAUCCCCAUACUAUCCCAGCUAUGACUCGUAUUACUCCCCCAAUUACGUCAACCCCAGCCCUGGUGGGCCUAAUCCAGGUACGCCUGUGGCUGAAAGUCAGGUUAAGAUCAAAAGGGAUGAUGACCAGGACCAAGGUGAGGAAAAAGUCAAGGUUGAGGUGCAUGAAGACCGCAAACCUGACAGCAGUGCUCCUGGCCAGCAGCAGCCGCAACAGCAACCCUCAGUCAUCCAACAGCGAUCCAACAUGUACAUGCAACCUCUUUACUACAACCAGUAUGCCUAUGUCCCCCCAUACGCAUACCAUCCUGAUCAGGCCUACCAUAACCACUUGAUGAAUACCAACCCUGCCUAUCGACAACAGUACGAGGAGCGACAGCGACAGAUGGCGGAACAGCAUCGUGCAGCUGAGAAAAAGUCUGACGUAGCCAUAAAGGAACGUGAAGCUUCCAUGAAAGAGGAUUGGAAACAAAAGAGCCCAAUGCCACCCAGCCUCUCCAAAGCCCCAAGUCAGUCUGAUCUUGGUAAGACACCGCAGCCCCCAAGCAAAUCCAGGGACUCGCCCUCUGAGCCCUCCUCCAAAUCCAUGAUUAAGGGGGAGGACCCAAAGUCCCAGCAAGCUGAGGGGCUAAAGAUGAAGCUGACAGAAGGGGGCCACCAUGGAAAGGAAGACUCAAAGCAAGCACUGGAGUCCAGAGGUCAGGCUGGAAUGGAGCAGGCCAUGUGGUACAGACAGCAGUACCCAGAGAGCCAGAAGCCCCAAGUGGAGGACGAACACCAGCAACAACAACCUCGAUGGAAAGACGAAAGGGACAGAGAACGGGAACGUGAUCGGAAAUUAAAGGAUGAUAGGCCCAGACCCAAGGACAGUCAAAGUGGGCCCAAGGAGGACUGCAAAGAAAGUACUGAUCCCAGAAUCACUGCUGAGGACCACCGGGCCAUGAGCAAAGACUCUCGUUCUAAUCCCCACAUGCAGUUCUCAUCACCACUAGCACAGCACCAAGGCUACAUGCCCUACAUGCAUGGUUAUCCCUAUGGACAAGGCUAUGACCCCAACCACCCUGGAUACAGGGGCAUGCCUUCAGUCAUGAUGCAGAACUACCCAGGUUCUUACCUACCUGCAGGCUACCCGUUUUCUCCAUACGGCAGUAAAAUAGCCGGAGGUGAGGAAGGCGGUGACAAAUCUCGCGCUAGCCCCACUGUCACCAAAACGGCAACGGACUCCAAAGCCCUGGAUAUCCUGCAUCAGCACGCCAGCCAAUACAAAAGCAAAUCUCCCACAGUAGGUGACAAGCCGCCCCAUGAUAGGGAGAGGGAGCAGGACAGAGGAGCUGGUGGAGACAGAGAUCGGGAAAGGGAGCGUGAGAGGGAAAGAGAAAGAGACGUGGACCGGCCGCGCUCCUCGCCCUCCCAGCGCAUCAUGCCCUCUCACCACCACCUGGGAUACCCCCUGCUCUCAGGGCAAUAUGACCUUUCCUAUGCCACAGGUCUCUCCUCAUCAGCUAUUGUUGCCAGUCAACAAGCAGCAACCCCCUCCCUCUACCCGCCAGCACGGAGGUGAGAACGGGAAACCUGACCGUCACACCUCAACCCUGCAAAGAUUCAUGUGACUGGCUCACAUGAGAAAAGGAUCUCCCGGGUGUUACCUUUUAGACAUCAGUUGAAUGGUGUUUCUAUCUUUAUUUUUAGUUCUUCUGCCCCGAGGCUAGGCAGAUUGUCGUCUUUUUUUUUUUUUUCCCCCUCCCCUCGUAAAUGACCCUAAAUUCUCAAACCUUGGACUAUAACAGGACUGAUAUACCAGGUUCAAAGCCAUCACUCUGCCCCAUCAUGCAGAGGAAACACCAACCCGCUGAUUAUCUAGUCUUUGCACUGUCAACAAAUACAAUGCAAAAAGAGACUAUUGGACUGCCAGAACAGCUUUUUUUGUUGUUGUUCUUUUUUUUUUUUCUUUUUUCUUUGACUGCAUUGUUUUUUGUCACACGCAGAAAGAAAUUGGCUGGGGAUUUUGGGAAGUUGGGUGGCUGAUGGGAAAGGGGAGUUAAACUAAAUUAAAGACUGAUGAAAAAAAGUGAAUCAUACUGAAAUGAUUUCAACUCUAUGUCUUUGGCUUAUUGUAUGCCGUGAAGCAACAGUAUAUCCUUAACUUGACAAAUGUUUGGCUAUAUUUCAUGGGGAGAGGGAAUAUGGCAACAGCUGCUUUCUUCAGAGACUUGAGAGCCUGAGACUGAAGUUUUCAUUUUCCAUCAUCAUUGUUAAUUCCCCAUCCUCUUUGAACCCUCAGUUCUUGUUUCAGGGAUGAUGUCGCCAUGUUUUGCGAAGGGACCGCAUACACCUCAAUGGAGAAUAAACACUAUUCAUGUUUUCUUUUUUUUUUUCAAUAUUACUUUAGUUCAGUACUCUACUCCAUAUCAUUGUGUUCAUCUUUGAAUGUCUAAUGCUGGUGUUAGUGCUGUCUCACCUCACACUGAAAUUCUGUCUUUACACUCACACAAAACGGUGAAGCCACAUUAGCAAGCAAUGAAUUCACAGGGCGUUGUUACCACUGCUCUCGGCCACAUGUGGGGGGAGGGGGGGGGGGGGCGGUUCGGUGUUUUACUAUAAGAUUGUGCUUCAAUUCAUCAAGUUUGAUUGUUUUCUGUAAUGUGAAAGUUCACUCGUGUAGUUUUCUGCUGUAAUAUAGACUUUUAGCCUAAGUUUAUGUGCAUAAAUGUUUAUAUUUAUCCCAGCACGCAACUGUUUAAGAAAAUGUCACUGUAAAAUAGCAUCCGGCCAUAACAACUUUUAACAUUUUGUGCUCAGAUCAUGGCUGCAGUACUUCAUCUUCACCCCAGCUUUGAUGGACUUGCAGCAAAUUUUUAUUUAAUUCACUUGACCUCAAGGUUUUUCAACACAUCACAAUGUUGGCUCACAUCUCCAUUCAUCCCAACAUGCAGUGAGCAAUUACUCUGGUUGCAGACCUCUGGAUCGCUGCCUACAUCAGAUUUUUUUUUUCCCCCUCAGUGAUUCAGAGGAACUUCAUUCUGAUUGCAAAAUUGUGGCUUGCUCAUGUGGCUUCACCAUAACACACAUUCACCUCAGAUGGUUGUGGUUUUCUUACAAGCGGCUAGGUUUGGAUCAGUCCAAAACUGAGCCAAUGAGUCUCAUACCUUGGACGUCUUUCUCUUUUUCAGUCGCUGCCUGUGCUGUAAAAUCAACUCUUGGCACAUUAAACAUACUGUAAGUGCAAGAAAUGGCCCAAAAAUCCUUUCAGCUGUUGUUGUUACAGAACAAACACGAACCACUCAGAUGCAGGGAAUGAACUCAGCAAGAAAGAAGGGUGAGCUAAGUGAAAAAGCCUGAAGCGAAAGCUAAAAUGGUAAACUGGGGGAAAUGGGACCUUCAUCACGCACACAUGACUGAAGUAAGGAAGGCUCAAAGUUGCCCAAUCAGCUGAAAAGAAGCACAUUGCUCUCAGCUUUCAUUUGGGCCUCACAUUGAUGGUGCCACUCUGUAAACUCAAACAAGUAUGGUUAACUUUCAAAUCGGCCCAAAAACUGUCAACAUGGUCACGCAGUAAAUGGCCGUUUCCAACAGAGGUCCCUCUUGGCUUUAAAUUAUUUUUCAGUUCUCUUAUACCUCAGGGGUUGUAAGUGAAAUUUUAUCCAUAUGCUAUUUGCAUUGAUUUGAGAGAGCUUCUGUUUAUGGGUGUGACAAAAAGGCACAUUUUUUGCUCUGAGCUGGAUGUGCUGUUGUUGAUUAUGAAAUGAUUAAUUGGCUCAGGAUAGGGAAUUGUUAAAGUUUUUAUGCCAUGUGGGUCUUACGUUCCUCUAAAGCAUUGUAAUGAGAGUGGGAUAUUGACCGUGUUGUCAUUAAAUUAAAUUUUAUUAAUUUUUUGGUUUUACAAUCACUUUUAAUGUUCCCAUUGUUGUUGUUUUUUUUUCUCAUUUAAUACUGUUUGUGAUCAAGUCAGUAAACCACCAGUUAAUCCCAUGUCUAAUGCCCUCUGAAGUUGGAUGUUACACCAGUUUGAUGAGACACUACUCAUGAAUACAAAACUGCAGCUCUUGAUUUCGGGGUUCUUGGACAUUCCAAGUAAAUAAGUUGCCAGUUUCUCGUCCCACGGAUUUUGCAAGAUGGUAUAUCUUUGACUGUUGCGCAUUUUAAAGAAGAAUGACUGACAUGAAUAAGCUGAAUGUGGUGGUGUUUGACUUGUACUUAAUCUGUAAGGGUAAUCUAGGCAGCUGUGAUGUUGUCAUUAAAGUCAGUGGGUUUUAGUACCAGCAGACUGCAUACAUAUAGUUUUAUCAGACAAUGGUUGUGACAAGUGCAUUUGUUCUCUCCGAGAGUAGUAAUGUUAUCUCAGUAGUAAGCAAAGCCCAGUGAAAAUCAUAUAUACUAAAGUGUAUGAAAAGCCAGAAAAGUAAUGUUUGCUAUCAACAUAUUGGAAAGUGCUUGGCUCUUGUAUUUUGCAGGACUGUAUUUGUUUCAUGGUGAAGAGUAUAUUUAUUGGCCAGCAGUUGUCUCAAUUGGUGCCUAUUUGAACAUUCUUCUGUGAAAACACAGAGACACUUGCUCGUUUGUCCUUUCCUGACCCACCUACUGUCACACAAAGACCCCCCCCUAAAGCGCCGCUACUGGUGCUUGCAAGGAUGUUUACAAAGUCUUCAUUUUCUUUCUGUGUGAGAAAUUCAGAACUCUUCCCCCCCCGCUCCACCUUUCUCCCUCCCUUCAGGAGUUUGUGUAAAGUGUACAUUACCAUGGUUCUUUUUUAUACAAUACUCUGUAACUUGCCUUUGUAAAUUUGGGCUGGAAAAAAAUAAAUCUUUUUAUGAGACAAUC